ACGCGGCCGCUGUCCUGCUGCCGCCGGUGCAGCUGGCGCAGGCUGCCCAGCGGCAGCUGCAGGCGCGGGGGCUGCGGGUGCUGGCAGCGGCACUGGCGCCGCCGCAGGCGUUGGCGUCGCUGCGGCUGGCGGCGCCGCCGCCACCAGCUGCGCCUCGCCCGCGCCGGCUGGGCCCUGCAGCGGCCGCGGGGGCUGCGGCCGCGGCUGCGGCUGGGGGAGUAGUUGUUUGA